AUGAUUCCUGUGUACGAUAGAGAAGGAAGGCCCCUCGUUCUCGCACACACGGCAGAAUCCGCAGCUUUCAACCCUUCGACGACUUGCAUUCGUUCUCCCAUUCUCCCAUUUUCUUGUCAUCUCACACGCUCAGACAACGUCAUGCCGCGUGGGAGCCGAGAAAGGGAGAAGAAGUCACAGCCAAUUGUAUCAGAUGAUGAUUCUGAUACGAUAGUCGUCGCUAGACACGCAAUACCGCUACAUCUAUCUCCAAAUACCUAUGGCUUGAGCAAGCCUUCGCCGCGCAAGGAGACAACCGUCUACAAGUCUCCGUUGAAAGAGAAGCAUACAGUCUUCGCAGCAGACGAGGAAGAUAUCAAAACUGAGCUGGACGAAGAUGUCUCCAAUGACAUGAAACAAGCUGAGCCGGAGCAGCCGAUAAGCAAGAGCUGCGCCGUAUCCGGAUACCAUAUCAUACUCAAGGACGAGGAAGACUAUAAAACCUUUGCCGAUAUCAUGGCAAAGUACCCCGGCGCAAAUCUCCCAAACAUCCGCAUUCUGGAGAUCCACAUUGAUACCACCAAGCUCACAGAGUACCAUGACUUCCGCAUGGCUCUAGCACUUCAAGAGUUCCAGCCAUCGAGAAACGGAAUGAUUCCGCACCGGCUACAUACACUACGCGUGGUAGUGAAGGGAGAUGUACUAUUCACUCGAUAUGCUUACCAUCUCGCAUCCCCAGCAGCAUCAGAGGAUGCCAGUCACGUAAUGAAGAAGCUCAUUAGAGACAGAUUGAGCAGGAAACAAAAAUCCAACCUGAUGUAUAAGCUUAACAGUACGGAAUUGGGUAUUUCAAAUGCCCUUCUUGCCACGCGUGGUGUCAAGCAAGUUAGUAUCGAAGGAACGGGUAAGGUCGAAGGCAACUUUGCCCAAACCCUCCUCGAUACUCUGACCCAGCCUCCGGGCACAAAAAUCAUUCAACUGCAUGAGCCUGUUUUUCCUUUUAUUGCAGACGAGAUAAAUCGGACUGGUGAAAUCUGUUCUGGGGAUUACAAAGGCUCGACCUUACAAUCACGCCUAACGCUAGAUCAGAGUAGGCAUGAUUUCCCGGACAUGGGUGAGGAGGGGCGAGAAGAGGUAGCAAGUUUGGGUGUUGCGGAUAUGGUUCGAGUUCGCAGGAACACGACGGACACAAGCGACGCCCUAGACGGCAACACUGAUAUUGAAUUUGGAUGGAAGAUCUGA